GGUACAGUUAAAUUGGUUUGUAGUGCCUCGGCAAUAAUGGAGGUUAACACUCUCGGUCCCGCUCCAGGGUGACGGCGACAGCAGCGAGUUUCCUCUUGGGCGGGUGCGACGCCCACUCCGCCUCUUCACCACAGCAACUUCACUUUCUGCACACAGCAGUCGAGCCAUCUUGCACCGCGUCUGCUCCGCGCUUCAACCUCGAAAAAGGACCGUUCCUUUUUUUUUUUGUAAAACAUAGUGACAACUCACUAAAAGUCACACUUGGCAACUUUCAAUCGGGGCGGCUAGCGCAAGCGUACAAACGAGCCGUUUGGGCCGCGCAAUUUGAGGAAAACACUUGGAGACGGCGGCCGUGUUUGCUGCUACGAACGAAUCCCCUGGAAUGACAGUUGAAGCCAUUAGGACCGCCUUUUACGCCGCCGAGCAGCCAAUCACAGGUCAGCUGAGCGCCUUUGACGAGAGGCCGAAGUUGUUGAGCGCAUGCGCUAGUCACUCGGCAGGAACACGCUGGCAAGGGAGAUGAGUAGAUGCGCCAAAGCCUAGCCCCGUCACUUUCGUCAUCGUUUCGACUCCUAACAAGUUGGAAGUGCAUGGGGCGUCAACAUAACGACGUCCCCAUGGUCGGUCGGCGGACUUUGCCACGGCACACGAGGCUGGCAGAACACUCCUUGUCAGUGCUGGUGUGACUUCUCAUCUUCACUCGUCAGGAGGAAGUGGGCUCAUACUCUGCGCAGACAUUCAAUGACCGACCAUGAACUGUCACACUUCAGGAAGUGUUGUCCCUCCUGUGGGGAAGACAGUGGCGAGUUGCCAUAACAGCUGUCAGGUGACAUCCGUCAGUAGCACUGGACAGGUGCUGCCCAAGGCGUCGAGCGCUGCCACCGUGGUCCCCUUGUCAAACACGGUCAUCCACACACCUCUGCCCAACCCGCAGACUGUCAUCGCCUCGGCUCCCACCGUGACCCUCGUCAGGCCUCCGAUGCAAACCGUGCAGUUGGGUCCCACUUUGAACGGGAACGGUGAUGGGAUGCGUGCGCUGGCGCCCCCGAUCAAGCCACAGACCUCUGCCACCAACAUGCCGGCUGCAUCGCACCAGUCUGGCACUUCUGACGGUGCCCCUCCAGCUGCCAGUCCAGGUGGCAUGCAAACUCUGACACAACAGAUAUUGUCACCCAGGCUUCCGCUGACAUCCACCGGGCAGCCUGGUAUACAUAACAUCCAGCUUCCCCCUGGGAUGGUGCUCGUCCGUAGUGAGGCUGGACAGCUGCUGAUGAUUCCUCAACAGGCCCUGGCCCAGAUGCAGGCACAGGCGCUAGGUGGUGCAGCAUCCCGAACUGCUGCACCAAAUAUGACGCCGGGCCAGGUUCCCGGAAACGCCGUCAUCAGCAGACAAACAUCUCCGAGCGCCAUCAUCCGCCAGGGCUGUCCAACUCCAGCAUCGUUGCCUUCCACCACCGCUCUUCAUAGACCUCCUGUCCUUCAGAGUUCAGUGGGAACGGCAAUCCCAGGAAUGGCCCAGAGAAGCCAAACAGCUGGGGCCACGGUUACGUCAGUCACAAUGAGCAAAGAAACGAUGGAGAAUGUGAACAAAUGUAGGAACUUCUUGUCUACACUGAUCAAGCUGACUUGCACCGGCAAGCGAUUCAGCGAGGCCGCCAGCGUGAAACAGCUGGUUAAAGACCUGCUGGAGAAUAAACUGGAAGCUGAGGAAUUCACCAGCAGACUGUAUAAAGAGCUUAACUCCUCACCCCAGCCGUACCUCGUGCCUUUCCUUGAGAAAAAUCUUCCCGCCUUGAGGCAACUCACCCCGGACUCGGCGGCCUUCAUCCGGCAGAGUCAGCUCGCCCAGCCGGCCUCCGCUUCCGUCUCGUCCACCUCAGCGAGCCCCGCCGCAGUUGUCCUGGGUAGCCCGGCUCCUCGCCUCUCUGCCCAGAUCCACAGACCCCAGCUUCAGCCAAACGUUAGCAAGCCUGGACACACAACGUCAUUGGUCCAGCAGCCGAGAGCCGCGCUCAGACCUCAGGUCCCUUUAGCCGUGUCCUCCGUGGUGAAUCUCAGGAAUCAGGCCCCUGGCCGCGUCGUGCUGGGACAGCCGCAGGUCCAGCUCAAAGAGCUGCAACCCUGUGAGCAGAGCACACGGGACCUCGUGCUGACUCGAUUUGUCUCGCGCUCAUCGACACCGUCUCUUGCAGUUCCUGUGAAGUCAGAAGUGUCGGCUGUCUCCAGACAAAACUCGGCUGCGGUCUUGACUCUGGCGCAAAAGGAUCGACUGAAAGAAGCAGGCGGUACCUUCAGAGACGACGACGACAUCAAUGAUGUCGCCUCCAUGGCUGGAGUCAACCUAUCUGAGGAAAGUGCCAACAUCCUCGCCACCAAUUCUGGACUGGUAGGAGCAGUGACGCGCUCCUGUAAGGAUGAGGCUUUUCUUUCCUGCGCCAUGUUACAGCGGAGAAUGCUGGAGAUUGGCCGCAGGCACGGAGUGACAGAUCUCGGUCCAGAGGUGAUCAAUUAUGUCUCACAUGCGACACAGCAGCGACUCCGCGAUCUGCUGGAAAGGGUUUCCCUCGUGGCGCAGCAGAAAAACGGCAAUUUCAAGGAAGAGGACAACCAUGAACAGAGCAGUGAUGUUCGUUCUCAGCUAAAGUUCUUUGAGCAGCUGGAUCAGUUGGAGAAACAGCGCAAGGAGGAACAGGAGAGGGAGAUUCUCUUAAAGGCAGCUAAGUCUCGAGCUCGUCAAGAAGACCCGGAGCAGCUUCGUCUGAAACAGAAAGCGAAAGAGAUGCAGCAACAGGAGCUGGCUCAGAUGAGACAGAGGGAGGCCAAUCAGACUGCUCUGGCCGCCAUUGGCCCUCGAAAGAAGAGGAAGAUUCUGGAUUCGCCAUCUUCCACGGCUGCCACAGAGGGAUCAGGCCCCAAUCUUUCCGGGGGUGCCGGCUCGGCAGGCUCCAGGCCUACACGGCAGCGCAUCACGCGCGUCAAUCUCAGGGACUUGCUCUUCUGUUUGGAGAACGAGAGAUGUACCAGUAGCGCCAGUUUCCUCUACAAAGGCUUUCUCAAAUAGGCUCCGUGUCCGCAGCUAAGAGAGGAGGCCGAGCCAACUGUGCGUAGAGGGCGAGCUGUCCCGGGAAGCUGAGAGCAUACAAGGCUCCCGAAAACGCAGGCUUUUUUCACUUGGGCGGAUAGAUAGAGGACCUCAAACGUCAAAAGUACAUACUGUGUGACUAUAUACUGAAUCACCUUUCUACCUCCCCCACCCUAAAGGCGGAUUUCUUUUCUGAGCUGCAAUGGACACUGCAUCUUCCCUGAAAAUCUGCUUUAUUGAAGAAUUGUCUGAUUUUUUUUUUUUUUGGAGAUAGAUUUUCCAAUUAUGCAAGUAUGCACUCACGAGUUGAUUCUUUUUCCUUGGUAUUCUGUGCAUUACAAUUGGAAGCACUGAAAAGAAAUAUUUUUGCUGAGACGGCGUUUCUAUAUGAAAUCAUGAUCUUAUUUUUAAAUGUACCUUCACAAAGUGUGACCUACUGAAAUUGCCUUUCUAACGGUAAGCCAUAUAUCGCGCACUCUGCUGUAACCCAGAAAGCAGUGAAUAUCGAGCUCCCCAUGACUUAUACUGGAUAUUAUUGGACCCAUAUUUAUUUACCAAAUUUGGCGUUGAAUUGUUGUUUAGCUAUUUAUUUCAUUUUAUUUGGUACAUUGUGUGUCAUGUCCCUUGAAUUGUAAAUCCUGUUUUUUUUCCCCCCCUAACUCCUCUUACAUGUGUAGAUUUAAGCGUGAAGAGUGCUUCUAUUCUCAUAACUUUUGUUUUGGUUUAAAUCAUGCUCAAGUUGAAGUCUAUUGAUAUUUGCGUUGGUUUGUCUAGCUGCCCACGUGUGACUGUUGUGCUCUCUCUCAUAGAUGGUGGAGUUAUUUCUCGAGCCGAAUCUAUUUUGCGCUUUUCAGCCCUUCAUCUUUUAGGAUCUAUAAUGAAUCGUGUAUAUUUGUAAAUGUUGCAGCUUAAUUUUUACAUAUUUUUAAUAGCCGUGAGAAUGUACCCGUAAUAAAACAAAUGUUUUCUCCAAUGAACAUUUUAAAUAAAUUUAUAUUUUACACUAACCGUA